GCGCGAAACUGAAUUUCAGCAGAGUCUGCAAAAUACUCAAAAAUUAAAUCACAAUUUUGAUCUGUGGUCCUUUCGUACAUCUUCAUUCUAAGCUUGAGCUGAUAACUUUUGUCACAAGAUUUAAUCAAAUUCAUAGCUUUCGAUUUUUCCACCGAAUUUUUCUCCCUUAGGAAACGUGGAAAUGUCAUCGCUUUCUGAAUUUGUUUUGCGACUUUAAGACAAAAAAGUCUUUGAACUGUUAAAUUACAACGGGCGAUUUUAGAACUUUGCCUUUAUUUACAAACUAGAUUGUGGUACGUGUAAUAUGCCGCAAAUGAUUCUGUUUCCUAGUUGCCCAAAUUUGAUAUCCAAAAUCAUUCCCAUUAUAAUCGAAAAUCUAGAUCAAACCAAUACGAAUUAGAAACAGGAUACAUGUUGUUCUAUUUUUGAAUCUGGAAGCCUUCGAUGACAUUCCUUUUACAGAUUAUUAACGGAUUUUAAAUCCCCUGAAAAAUACGACUCAUUGUUAAUCAGUUUGUUCCGCAAAGUUAUGUCCCAGUCGAAGAUGAGUUUCCAGAACAUAACAUUCGAUAAUGAUUUGCUAGGAACUGAUGAGCCUGACCAACAAUCUCCAUUUAUUCCUGACAUGCAAGAGGAAGUGGGCUUUGCAAGCAUGGCAAGUGUUGGCCGCACCGUUUUGAUAAGUGCCUUUGCGGCUAUUAUCAUCGCAUCUAACAUGGUCAUGAUCGUAGCAUACGCCAUCGAGAAACGUCUCCAGACAUACAACAAUUCCUUCAUUCUCAAUCUCAUCAUCAGCGAUUUGAUGGUUGGACUCUCCCUUAUCACCACUCUUGUUACAAAGUGUUACGUCCAAACACCAGUGUGUAGGAUCUUCUUGUGCAUCGGUAAGGGUUUAGUCGGCGUUUCUGUGAUCACCAUCGUCGUCAUCUGCGUUGAUAGGCAUCAAGCAACGUACCAUCCGAUCAAGCACUUCUUGGGCAGAAGCAAAACCAGGGCGUGUAUCCUCAAUGCGAUACCUUGGGUUGUCGCAUUCACUUUCUGGCUCUUAGUUGCCCUUUUCGGGCCCCGUUUCGACGCCCAAGCCCCUGCCAGGAUGGCCUCACAGCAGAUAUCAGUUUUUCUGAAUCUUCUACCACUGGUUGUCAUCGCUGUUCUUUACACCAGAAUCCUAUACAAGAUAAAGAACUCACUUGGGGCACAACGUCUUAACGAUAAAUUCGAUACGAAGCCCAAUAAUUCAGGAUCAGGGAUUGAUCCUGAGACAGAGUCACCAGACAACUCUGGUUCAGUUCUACAAUCCCAUGGUGAAUCAGAGAUGGCGAAGGAUGACCGUGAUAUUGACCGGCCGGAAAAAGGAAGGAAAGGUAAAAAAGCAAUCCGGAAGAAGAAAAAUCGUGAAUCUGAUGCUUUUGCUCGCAAAGCAACUCGCUGUGUUUCCUUUAUCAUCAUUUCGCUUUUGAUCUCGUGGAUGUCCCACACCGCCCUCUUCGUCGUCAUUGCAGUUGGUCCGAGUAAGGUCCCUGUGGCCGUUGGUGCAUUAAUCUGGACGCUUUCCUACAUCAACAGUGUCCUGAACCCGAUAAGCUAUGCUGCCGCACAGCCGCUCUUUCGCCGAACCGUGGCGGGAAUGAUCUGCAAUCCAAAGCAUUACUGUUGA